CGCUCUCUGAUGACGGCAUUAUCGCGAGACAAGCUAACAGAGUAUCUGACGGCAGUAAAAGGCCCACGGACAAACCGUAAAUCCCACGCUAACUCUCUUUUCUCCAUCAUCGACACAGAAAACACCGCAGAACUCUGGUCCACUGUGGUUGUUUUAAAGUGCUUUAUAAAUAAAGUUGGACUGGACUGGACACAUACGCACAGAGGUCUGACCCUCCUUCACCAUGACAGACCAUAAACGUCUCGCCUUCUCCAUCAUCCAGUUCCUCCAUGAUCAGCUCCAGUCAGGGAAGCUAACAUCUGACGCUCAGGAGAGUCUGGAGGUGGCCGUCCAGUGUUUGGAGACGGCGUUUGACGUGUCCACUGAUGAUCAGAGUCUUGCCGUCCCCGUGACAUUACCAGAGAUCUUUGCUUCAGCCACAGCAGAGUAUCCAGCUCAGUCACAGGUCAACAAUAACUCCACCCCUGACUCGGUCAAUGAGGACCAGAGACUCGAGGCUGAGAGACUCAAAUCUGACGGUAACGACCAGAUGAAGGUGGAGAACUUUGCAGCUGCAGUAGAGUUUUACUCAAAGGCGAUUGCCAUCAACCCUCAGAACGCUGUUUACUACUGUAACAGAGCUGCAGCGCUGAGUAAGCUGGGGAACUACGCUGGAGCGGUCCAGGACUGUGAACAGGCGAUCAGCAUCGACCCAAACUACAGUAAAGCCUACGGCAGGAUGGGUCUGGCGUUGGCGAGUCUCAACAAACACACAGAAGCGGCAAGUUUUUAUAAAAAAGCUCUGGAGCUCGACCCGGACAACGACACGUACAAAAUCAACCUGAAGAUCGCGGAGGAGAAGAUGGAGACGUCCAGUCCUACGGCGGGGAUGGGCGGUGUCGACCUCGCCGGUUUACUCACGAACCCCGGCUUCAUGAACAUGGCGUCGUCGUUGAUGAAUAAUCCUCAGGUGCAGCAAAUGAUGUCUGGAAUGAUGUCCGGAAGCUACGGAGCAAUGGGAGGAGGUGUAGGAGGAGUAGGAGGCGGAGCUGCAGCACCAGGACCAGGACCAGGACCUGCACCUGCUGCUGCUGGAGAUUUGUCAGGACUGAUCCAGGCGGGGCAGCAGUUCGCUCAACAGAUGCAGCAGCAGAAUCCUGAACUCAUCGAACAGCUGAGGAGUCAAAUCCGCAACCGAUCGCCGAGCAGCAGCAACGAGGAGCAGCCGUGAUGCGAGAGGACGACGGCGCUCACAAGCGUCAGUGAUGUGGAACUUUAAAUCUCGAGGGACUAAAGAACAUUUAUGAAUUUUUUUUUUUCUUCCACCACUGAGGAGUUCCUGCAUGAGAGCGGGGUGGGUCUUGUUCAGGAGUCCUGUCACCCAAAGCCACGCCCACCUUCCCUGCAGCGUGGUGUGGAUUUUAUGAACAAUAUAAGUGAAGAAAGUUAAUUCUAAUAAAUGGUGAGCAGUGAGUGUGAGAGAGUUUGAAAAUUAAACAGAGUAUGGUAACAUUUUA